AUGGCAAAGGGACUGGUGGCUUUCGAGUAUACCAAAGGUGCUCGAAGGAAGCCCAACACGCUCCUUUUUCUCGGAGGUUUAGGAGAUGGUCUCUGCACCGUGGAAUAUAUCGCAGACCUGGUCUCGGCAGCCGAGUCGACACAAUGGUCGAUCUUCUCGCCGAUUCUGUCCUCGUCAUACGGGGGAUGGGGUCUGAGCCAUCUGGGGAAAGAUAUCGACGAGAUCGCCCAGUGUGUGCGGUACAUCCGUGAGUAUAAGACUCAGAUAUACGGGUCCGGGAAGAUCGUUGUCAUGGGCCAUUCGACAGGCAGCCAGGAUGUUAUGCAUUAUCUCACUUGUGUGAAUCCGCGACCAAAACACCCGGUCUUGGACAGGGGCACGGAGCCAGUAACCAGGCCUUGUAUUGACGGGGCUAUCAUUCAAGCACCGGUGUCAGACCGAGAAGCUAUGCUCUGGGUAAUGACCACCGGGACAGACAGGGACAGCCCAGAAACUAUGCGGGAACUCUGCGCCAGAGCAGCCGAGAAUGCAAAGAAGUCGCCUUUCGAAGAUGGUGAUACCCUCGACACUCUUGUGCCACUCUCCGUGACUUCACGAAUCGGGUACCCCAACAGUACGUCUGUGAGUAGCAGCCGGUUCCUCAGUCUACUUAGUCCGGAUAGUCCACAGAACCCGGGCGAGGACGACCUAUUUAGUUCGGAUUUGAGUGACGAAAAACUCCAGCAGACAUUUGGGGCUAUUAAAUCGCGCGGGAUUCUCAAGUCCAAGCUCCUCGUACUGUACUCAGGACGAGAUCAAUCUGUGCCUCCGUGGGUGGACAAAGAAGCCUUGAUGCGGCGGUGGUCUGUCGCUGCGGGCCAGGAAAUAUGGGAUUCUAAUAGCAUGAUUAUCCCUAAUGCUUCCCAUGCCUUGAGUGAUCCAGAUCAAGCAGAACCUAGGAGGAUAUUGGUAGAAAGGGUUACCCAGUAUCUAGAUGAGGUUGAUACGCGGCCUUUAUUUUGA